AUGUGCUUUAAAACCUUGGGGCCCUCCCACGACUCUCCCCUUCGCCCCGACCUUCUUCCUUUGCCCGUGUAAACGACCUGGUCGUAUUGUUCUUUUCUUGGCUGCAUCGAAAUAAUCACUUGCGCGGUCUCGAAAAAUUGUCGUCCUUGUGCAAGCACAAUACCCUAUCGCCGCACAGGAUCGCAGCGCACUGCAACUUGCCUGCGCACUACCCCAGCUCACCCCCAGCACCACGACUCGUGCCAGCCCUACCUCGGCUUGACUGCACCGCCUGAUUGGAGCAGCGCAACCACUUAUACGCCAUCCAUCGCCCGGCUGACAAGCUUGUGACUUGGACGAGAGAUACUCUGCUACACCAUUCUCCAGCUUCCACACACAGCAAUCCAACAUGGCUACCACAGAGACCAUCCUCCAGGGCGUCACCGUCUCUGGCCGCGUCCAGCCCGAGCACAAGAAGAUCCUCACUCCAGAGGCCCUCGCCUUCCUCGCCCUCCUCCACCGCUCCUUCAACGCCACCCGCAAGUCCUUGCUCGAGCGCCGCGUCAUUCGCCAGGCCGAGAUUGACAAGGGCGUACUCCCAGACUUCCUCCCAGAGACCAAGCAUAUCCGUGAGAACCCCACAUGGAAGGCCGCGCCCCCAGCCCCGGGUCUCGUCGACCGACGUGUCGAGAUCACCGGUCCCACCGACCGCAAGAUGGUCGUCAACGCCCUCAAUGCCGAUGUCUACACCUACAUGGCCGACUUUGAAGACUCCAGCGCCCCGACAUGGGAUAACAUGAUCAACGGCCAAGUCAACCUUUACGAUGCUGUCCGCCGGCAGGUUGACUUCAAGCAGGGCUCCAAGGAGUACAAGCUGCGCAAGGACCGCACGCUCCCGACCCUGAUUGUGCGCCCCAGAGGCUGGCACCUUGAGGAGAAGCACGUCACUGUGGAUGGCGAGCCCAUUUCCGGUUCUCUCUUCGACUUUGGUCUCUACUUCUUCCACAGUGCCAAGGAGGCUGUCAAGCAAGGAUUCGGACCUUACUUCUACCUGCCAAAGAUGGAGUCCCACCGUGAGGCCCGUCUCUGGAACGAUGUCUUCAACCUCGCUCAGGACUACAUCGGCAUGGCCCGUGGCACUAUUCGUGGUACUGUACUGAUCGAGACCAUCCUGGCCGCCUUUGAGAUGGACGAGAUCAUCUAUGAGCUCCGGGACCACAGCUCUGGCCUCAACUGUGGCCGCUGGGACUACAUUUUCAGUGUCAUCAAGAAAUUCCGCAACAACAGCAACUUUGUUCUGCCAGACCGGAGCAACGUCACCAUGACCGUACCAUUCAUGGACGCUUACGUCAAACUUCUCAUUCAGACCUGCCACAAGCGAGGUGUCCACGCCAUGGGUGGCAUGGCUGCUCAGAUCCCCAUCAAGGAUGACAAGGAGGCCAACGACAAGGCCAUGGCCGGCGUACGUGCUGACAAGCUGCGCGAGGUUCGCGCCGGUCACGAUGGCACUUGGGUUGCCCACCCUGCCCUUGCCUCCAUUGCCACCGAGGUAUUCAACAAGCACAUGCCCACGCCCAACCAGCUCUUUGUCCGCCGCGAGGAUGUCAGCAUUGGCCAGAACGACUUGCUCAACAUGAACGUCCCCGGCAAGAUCACCGAGGAUGGUAUCCGCAAGAACCUCAACAUCGGUCUGGGCUACAUGGAGGCUUGGGUUCGCGGUGUCGGCUGUGUGCCGAUCAACUACCUCAUGGAGGACGCCGCCACUGCCGAAGUUUCUCGCAGUCAGUUGUGGCAAUGGACCCGUCAUGGUGUGCCCACUGCCGAGGGCAAAAAGGUUGACAAGCAGUAUGCUCUCAAGCUGCUCAAGGAGCAGGCGGCCGAGCUCGCCUCAAAGGCCCCACAAGGCAACAAGUUCCAACUCGCUGCGCAGUACUUUGCCGGUCAAGUCACUGGCGAGGACUAUGCUGAUUUCUUGACGAGCUUGCUGUAUAACGAGAUCACACAGGUUGGCACUGCCGCGCCGGCGAGCAAACUGUAGUGGGACGUUUGGGCAGAUAAUAUGGAGCGAAUUUGAGAUUUUGCAGUGUCACCCAUUUCGAGAAAGUAGGCGUUAUAGUUUUAGGAUAUACUCAACAGACCAAGAUUGAUACUCAAAAGAGAGUUUCCCGAA